AUGUCAGAUUAUUAUCAACCUCCACUAUUAUUUAGACAAAAUGCAAUCAGAAGAUUCCAACCUAGUCUCCCGACUAUAGAAAGUGUGUGCAAUAUAAAUUCAUUGACAUCAGAUUCAUCAACAUCUGCGACAUCAUACACAACAUCACAAUUAUUUCAUUCAAUUGCUGCAUCCAAUUCUUCAACUCCAAGGUCUAGUUGGUUAUUACAUCCAGAUACUUCUAAAGAUACCCAAGUAUUAAAUAAAUCAUGUUCAUUAAAUCGAGUUAAUGUUAAAUCCAAUUAUUGGAAAAUUCCUGAUAAUGAUAUGAAUUUAACUUCAAUGGCUGUAAAUACCGACCAACAACCAUUUAAAGAUUCAACUACACUUGCUAUUGCUUCUGGAAAUAAUACUUCCAAUUUAUUUAUUUAUCAAUUGAAUUUAUUCAAACAUCAUUUAAUUCAUCAUACUACAAUCACAUUACCUAAUAUUCAUACUAUGAGAUGGGUACCUAAUAAUAGUAAUUAUUUAAUAACUGGUAAUAAUAAAGGAUAUGCCCAUUUAGUCUCAAUACCCAAUAAUAUCAACAGCGAUGAAGAAGAAGAAGAAGCUGCUGAAAUCUGUAAACGAUUCAAUCAUAGAAAACAUCUCAAAAAUCAUUCCGAAAGAUAUAGUACUUCCCCAAUCAAAAAACUUGAAUUCUACAAUCAAGAAAAUAACCUACUUUCAAUCUUUAAUAAUCAUUUAUAUCAUUGGGAUAUAAAAGAUUGCACCAGUCAAUCCAAACCCACCCCAUUAUCAAUUGCAAACAUCCCCGGAAUUCAAGAUUUCGAUAUCAUCCCCAAUCACCCCUCCUCAUCAACAAUUGCAAUCUCGGGGAAAUUUGGAGUUUCAUUAUUUGAUUUACGCAUGGGGAAAUUCAAUAUCCCAAUGGGGUCUUCAGAAUUGUCAUAUCGUGAAUUAUCCUCCAAUAUAAUAAAAUGGAACCCCAAUAACGAAUACGUAUUCGCCUCGGGACAUGGAGAUGGAAUUGUUCGAUUAUGGGAUAUUAGAAAACAAGAAAGUUAUGCCAGUUUACAAGGUCAUAAUGAUUAUGAAAUUAAGAAUAUCCAAUGGGAUAAUAAUGGAGAUUUAUUUACUGGUGGUAGAGAUGGAAAUAUAAUUCAUUGGGAUUUAACAUCUGAUAAUAACAAGGUGAAUUCUGAUAAUUUUACAAAAUGUGGAUUAAGAGAAGGGUUUAAUAGUGUGAAAUUUAAUCCUGAAACUAAUACUUUGGAAGAAACUUUAAGUCAACGUCAAUGUGGGACUGUAUUACCAGCAUCAAAUACCAAUAUUGUGGAUAUGGCUUCGGUGAGACAUAAUGGUGAGGUUAAAGUAUUAUCAAUUGAUGGUUCUUCAUUCUUGGGAGUACAUUCUAAGAUUACUGAAGCUGUUGAUAUCAGGAUCAGUUCUGAAAAGGUUUAUUACACUGAAGAAGAUGUUAGAGACUUAUUGUUAUCCUCUCAAGAUGCUUUGGACAUUAGCUCAAGAUCUGGUUCUGAUGAAAGCUUGGUUAUUGAACCAUUAUCAGUUGCUUAUAAAUCGAGUCCAUUGGCUUCUCCAGCUGUAAGUUCUAGUGAUACGUUGGUCACUUCUUCAAGUUUGGUAGAACAACAUAAACAACACAAUGAUGAUGCUAGUGUAAUUGACAUUGAUGAAGAUGAAUUUGAACCGAAACAUACAAUAAUAGAUGUUGAUGACGACGAUAAUGAUUUCCAAUUCUUUAAUACUUCCAGUCCAAUGGCUCGUUCAUUUUCAACGGAAGAAUCACCAUCUCCAAAUACAUCAUCAAUUAAUGAUUCAGCAGAAUCGAUAUCUACAAUGGCUACAGAAGUUGCAGAAGAAGAAGAAGAAGAACAUAUAUCAGGAAUGAAGCCUUCGCUUAGUUUUAAUGUAACGGAUUUCUUCAGUUCUUUGGUAAGUACUGAAGGUCCAAUUACAUUCCCUCAAUCUUUACAACUAUAA